AUGGCUCCCAAAUACGCUGGGCUGUCAGGGAGGCCACUCUCCUUGACAAUAUCAACUAUCGCGACAAUGGGCUUUUUGCUUUUUGGCUAUGACCAGGGUGUGAUGUCAGGCAUUAUUAGUGAUGUCGCGUUCAACGAUGUUUUCACUGCCACCAAGAACGACAACACAAUGCAAGCUCUAGUGACAGCCAUUUAUGAACUCGGAUGCUUGCUUGGUGCCAUUUUUGCCUUGGUUGCAGGCGACAAACUUGGUCGCCGCAAAAUGAUCAUGAUUGGAGCCACAAUAAUGAUUAUUGGUGUUGUUAUUCAGGUGACAUCGUUUCCUGGCCACGCCCCUCUUGCCCAGUUCAUGGUCGGUCGUACCAUCACUGGUAUUGGUAAUGGUAUGAAUACAUCGACUAUCCCGACAUAUCAAGCGGAGUGUUCCAAGACCAGUAAUAGAGGGCUUCUCAUCUGCAUUGAGGGCGGUGUGAUCGCCAUCGGCACUGCGAUUGCAUACUGGAUAGACUUUGGCGCACACUACGGCCCACCCGAUCUCGUGUGGCGUUUCCCCAUCGCAUUCCAAAUUUUCUUUGGACUAAUAAUUAUUGUUGGAAUGCUCUUUCUCCCUGAUUCUCCACGGUACUUGAUCUCCCGGGGUCAAAUGGAACAGGGAGAGUCCGUACUUGCCGCCUUGAACGGAUGUGAAAUCAACGAUCAUGAGACACAAAUUCAAAAACAGCUUGUCAUCGACUCUCUUCGAGCAUCUGGUGCAAUGGAUACGAAGGUGACAUUCAAGGAUCUGACGACUGGUGGUCGAACUCAGCAUCUCCGCCGCAUGUUGAUCGGAGCUUCGUCUCAGAUGUUUCAACAAUUAUCAGGUUGUAAUGCCGUGAUAUACUAUCUUCCUGUCUUGCUUAAGCAGUCGUUGAAUGAGUCCAACGACCGUGCCUUGCUUAUUGGCGGUAUAAAUAUGAUUUGUUAUGCCAUCUUCGCGACCUUUUCAUGGUUCUUUGUUGAGAAGAUUGGGCGGCGCAAGCUAUUCCUCGGGGGUUCAUUCGGCCAGCUCACAGCCAUGACCAUCACAUUUGCUUGUCUCAUUCCGAAUAACCCCAAGACUGCUGAUGGCGCUGUCUUUGGCCUAUUCCUUUACAUGUGCUUCUUCGGCGCAACCUGGCUCCCCCUUCCUUGGCUGUACCCUGCCGAAAUAUCCCCCAUCAAGACACGCGCUAAGGCUAACGCAGUGUCGACUUGCAGCAAUUGGCUUUUUAACUUUACAGUUGUCAUGAUCACUCCCGUGAUGGUACAAAAUAUUCAAUGGGGCACUUAUCUGUUUUUUGCUGCCAUGAAUGCCUGCUUUAUUCCUAUUAUUUGGCUCUUCUAUCCAGAGACCGCCGGACGCAGUCUGGAAGAAAUUGACUUGAUUUUCGCGAAAGGCUAUGUGGAGAACAAGAGCUACGUUACCGCAGCGCGGGAGAUGCCCAAGCUUAGCGAUGAUGAAAUUGAUGCUCGAGCCGCCCACUACGGGCUUGGUCGGGGCCAAGACGACGAGGUAGAGAAACCUAUUGAGGAAAGACAUUCCCCGACUGCCUUGGAAUCAGGCACGUACCCUGACGCAUAA